AUGCAGGGCUGUCUAGUAAGGGGUCAAAAGAUGGAUGCUCAUCGGGGACCCCAGAGUGAUGUGGAAGUCCACUCCACAGACUAUUUCAUCGAAUGUGUUACCGUUGGUUCGGCUACUGUCGCAAUCUUUUCCACCGCUGCUUCUGCUGCUGCUAAUACUACUGUUGCCUUUUCGGUUGUACGCAAUGCACGUGUUUGCGUGGAAAAAGAAGCGAUUGAAAGAGAACAUGACUUGCAAACCAACCGGGCACUUAGUCACACGGCAUGGGAGUUUGUAGCUAAGAGGAGGAAAGGGGAGAGGACAGCUAAGAAAUGA